AUGCUGCGCCGUGCGCCGUGCCUCCUUGCGACGAAUAUUCCGCGAAGUGCGUGGGACCCGGCGCACUUCAACACGAAUUGGUCUGACAGCUACAGCACCGAGAUUGCGGCCCGUCGUCACUGGCCCGCAAAGAAGUGGUCCAUCGGCCUCGAACCUCGCACUCCACGUGAUUGGCUGCAGUUCUCCUAUCGCAAUCUUGCCUACGCAUACAACGGUGCCUUGCGUGCCUGCCAGUCGUUUCCGGAAAUGUUGGUAUGCUACAAGGAAAUGAAGCAGCGCGGGGUCAAGGUGGAUGUGGACACAAUGAAUGUUCUUCUUACACGCGCCGCCCGCUACGAACGGAUUCAGGUGGAUGAUGUUUUCCUUCUUUUUGAUGAGCUGACUGCGCUGGGCGCACGCCCUGACAUCGCGGCCGUUGAAACACUGCAUACAGUGCUGGACCACAGUGCCGCAAUGCCAUACGAGUGGCGAGAGGCCCGCCGUCGGCAGCUGGUGGAGUUGUAUAAUUGCUUAGCGAUGGAGGAGAUUGAGAGACUCGCCCCGCAUCGUGUGGAUCGGCUGCUGAAGGAGCAAAUCAAACGUUAUCGGGAUAACCUGCGUGCACUGAAGGCAAGUCUGAGUCCCUCUGUAUACCGACGCUACUUGCACACGAUGCAUUCCGCCUCGAUGCUCUUGGAGGAGGUACAUAAUUUUUUGUGGGAACUUGUGGAAAGUGAUCACCCCGCGAUGGAAAUUCCUGCGCUACAACUACGAAUCCCAUUUGUCGGCUCCGUCAUGCGGCGUCCCGAAACAGACACUAAUGAAAAGUUGGUAAAGUACACGGAUUUUGAAGAUACAGACGUGUGCUCUGUUUUUCUUGCUGCCGCAGAGCGCGCGGUCGACGCCGAUUUGCACGACACUCGUGCAGUCUCUGAGCGAAGAAUAUUUCUAUCAUUACUGACGAUGAUUUCGUACAGCGGCGUGCUAUAUACUUCGGAUCUAAUGGCGCAACUAAUGGAGAUGGUGAAGUACUCCACCCAUGCCAGCUCUCGGGACUCGGAUGCACAGCGGCUCUUGCGGUAUGCAGUGCGUGGUUCCAGCGCGGCGCAGGAUGAUUUGUACCGCUCGUUGUGGCUUAAAGUGGAGAUGGUGGCCGAUAGCCGUGUGUUGGGUCGGUACAUUGGCGCGCGCGAGCCAUGGAGCCCAAUCCGCGUGUGUUUUGACGAGAGGGGACUAUUUAAGUCCUACCCACCGCUUGUACAUGCCUCCGCCAAAAAGACCUCCGCGAUUGAGGCGGAUGCCACGAGUGGUAGUGGCAGCACCACGAUGGAAGAAGAGCAACGGCAGCAAAGUGAACGACAGCGUAUGUCAACGGAGAUCACGUCACAUACGAGCAAGGGUGGGGAAGAGAUGGUGGAGGGAGUGCGUGGCGCUGUUGUCGCAGAAACAUCAGAGGCCUCUGGCGUUAAGGACGUUGCACUGCAGGAAGCAUCCCAUGGUGAACAGCGGACGGUGGAGGCGUUGGAUUUGCGCUGGGGCGAUAUACACCGUCUGAUUGAGCGAACACGCGCCCUCACAAGUCCACCCACAGAACGGCACCCGCAGCAAGAGAAGAUGGAAAUCUUCACUGGCAUCGCUGUUUAUCUCCGCACAAUUGCUACGGGGCGACGCUACUGCAGCGGCGAGGAAGAGGCGGGGGGAGAGUCUCCAGCUGAAUCACGGGAGCGGGCUUUAUUUGCUGUCGGUUAUGAAUUAGACGUGUGGGCAAGACUUUUUGAGCUUGUGCAGGAAGUUCGCCAUGAUAUGGAGAAAUUCAUCACGGACAAUGCGGCGCAUCAUGUAGAACCGGAGUUUGAGUGCUGGGAGGCCCUUCUCAUUACACUCCGCUGCAUCCUGGACUUUUGCGUGGUGCGGACGCAGGAAAAGGGCAAAGAGGAACGGGCUGCUGUGGAGGAACUCUUUGAGAAGACGAUGAAGCUGCGCAAUGAACUUGUGGAGGAGAGCCGCACGCGAUUCGGCGGGAGGAUGCGAAUCUUGUGGCUGCAGGAGGCGUGA